AUGAACACCAUUUCUCCGCCCCCGCAAAUAAAACGUCUUUCGGGCCCCAAGCGCUUCUUCGGCAUUCUCAUAGGCAUAACAGGCGGCCUGGGCGCAAAUGCCGUGCUCGCAUACGGCGUGUCUUCGUUUUACACGCGCAACACCAAAUUCGUACCCUUCGACACCUCGUCGCCAGACCUCACGGCCAAAGUGUUCCGCGAGCACAAUCCGCUCAGCAACCCGCCCGUCUGCAUAGACCACGCCACCAAGCAGAUUCCGUAUGGAAAGCUGCCGCAAAAGUACUGGGUCAAGGGCACUGCGGGAAGCAUAUCGGUGGACCAGAGAGCGCUCACGACGGACUUUUGCAGGGGCAUCUGGAGCGGGGUUGCGUUCCGAGUGCAGCGGAGACUGCUGGAGAAAUGGUAUCGCGCGCUAGACGGCAGGCAAGACCAGCUCUGGGAUGUCAAGGAGAUGGAGAAGAGCCCGUACCAAGUUGGGACUAAGAUUGUUGACCAUUUUGAAGUGGUGGAACAUACCGAUAACAGGGUUGUUGUGCGCUGCGGCGACUCUCCGCUAAACCGUGACCACCGACCUUCGGACGGCCUCUUCUCCAUGGAAGUCUCCAAGGACGACGAGGCUCAGAUUGCCACGUUCCACCUCAAGUCGGUUUUCGUAGACACAACGCCAGAGGGCAAGGGCUCCGAGCCACAGCCAGCAUUUCUCCAGUUUGCACACCGUGUGUACACAAAGCUAUGGAUGGAGAGUGCAACACGCAAAUUGAUCAAGGAGGCGUAACCCAGUUGUGCCGGAUUCUGGAUGUAUUGAUAUGACUGUAUGUAAGUAAUGCGGAAGCUCCUACAU